CCAAGAAGACUUUGACUGCAUACAAAUACCCCUAUUCAAGGCAUUCGAUUGUUAGUAAACCAAGCAAUAAUUCUUAAAUUACUUGAUAGCUAUCAGGUCACUAGUUACUUCCAGUCACUGUGAGUUUGCUGAAAUGAAGACUGUGCAUUCUACAUUUCUCCUGCUACUGCUCGUGCCUCUGACACAGCCAGCACCACAAACUCAACUCGACUCACAUAUUAACUAUGAGUAUGGAACAGAUCAUUUGGAAGAAACAAAAUUUAGCCAGGACUAUGAAGAUAAAUACCUGCAUGGAAAAAAUACUAAGGAAAAGGAAACCAUGAUAAUUCCUGAUGAAAAAAGUCUCCAGUUACAAAAAGAUGAGGUUGUACCAUCAUUACCCACCAAGAAAGAAAAUGAUGAAAUGCCUACAUGCCUGUUGUGUGUCUGUUUAAGUGGCUCUGUCUACUGUGAAGAAGUUGACAUUGAUGCUGUGCCACCACUGCCAAAGGAAUCAGCUUAUCUUUAUGCACGAUUCAACAAAAUUAAAAAGCUGACCGCCAAAGAUUUUGCAGAUAUGCCUAAUUUAAGAAGACUUGAUUUUACGGGAAAUUUGAUAGAAGACAUAGAAGAUAGUACUUUUUCAAAACUUUCUCUGUUGGAAGAACUUACACUUGCUGAAAACCAGCUAGUAAGACUUCCAGUUCUUCCUCUGAAGCUUACUUUAUUUAAUGCUAAGUACAACAAAAUCAAGAGUAAAGGGAUUAAAGCAAACACAUUCAAAAAACUGAAUAAGCUGUCUUUCCUCUAUUUGGACCAUAAUGAUCUGGAAUCUGUGCCUCCUAAUUUACCAGAAAGUCUCCGUGUAGUUCACCUUCAGUUUAACAGCAUAUCUUCAAUUACAGAUGAUACAUUCUGCAAGGCUAAUGACACUCGUUACAUCCGGGACCGAAUUGAAGAGAUUCGCCUGGAGGGCAAUCCAAUUGCUCUGGGAAAGCAUCCUAACAGUUUCAUUUGCUUAAAAAGAUUACCUAUAGGAUCAUACUUUUAAAAACCAUCAAUGCAGUGUAUAAUCUAAAGUAGUGCACCUAAUGUCUUAAAGGAACAUAAACAUUAGCUUACUAUUAUCAUUUUAUCUCACUAUUAUAGAAUUUUUUUUUUUUGUUUUUUGUUUUUUGAGACAGGGUUCCUCUGUGGUUUUGAAGCCUGUCCUGGAACUAGCUCUUGUAGACCAGGCUGGUCCCGAACUCACAGACAUCUGCCUGCCUCUGCCUCCCGAGUGCUGGGAUUAAAGGCGUGCGCCACCACCGCCCCGCACUAUUAUAGAAUUUUAUGUUUAAUCAAUGAUGUCCAAAAUUCUUACAUUUUUUUUCUUACAUGUUACUAUAAAAAUAAUCCAGACUGAAUCUCUUAGUUCAAAACAAAAUGAUAUGAAACUAAACAACAUUAAAAACCCCUUGUAGUUUACACUACACUACAUCUAAACAGUGUCCUUUUAUAUAAACACUCACAUGAGAUCCACCAUUCCCAAGACUAAUGAAGUAAGAGAAUGCCAAGAAACGUUGAACUGUUUGUCUUUCUUAACAUUUACUGUAUUUCACAAGCAUUUAAGGCGACGUUCCAAGAAACUGUGAAAAGCCAAAUGUUCCAAGUGACCGUCCAUUGACUUUAUGAUUCACCAGCAUUCUCCAUGAAGCAGAAACCUUUUCUGUUACGGCAGCUAUUUUAUUGUAUUUCUCAUUUAGUCUAAGAAAAAGGGCAGCCACAUCUAGGCAAAACUUUCCAGUAAAGUAAAAUUUUACUCUUUGGUAUAGAACCAAUUUAGAAAAGUUCAGUUUUAUGCUUUGUGGUCACACAGAUAGUCUUUAGUCAAUUACUUAAAAAAAUUCUAAGAAAAAGAAUCAAAAUUCUACUCAUUUUCUCGGAGAGUAAUAAGAGCCCUUCACUCUAAAGAUUCUCAAACAUGAAAUGAGUGUAAGCUUUCCACAGUAUAGGAAGGAUUUCAUCAAUAAAUUUGUUCAAAUAUAAGAAAUUUAAAUGAAGUCUAUUGUGUUGUGUUGUACGUAGAGCUUCAGCUACACAUAUGUUCACUCAAACUGCACACUCACAAUCCGCCCAUGAGCACCACUUCUCAAUGGUCAUGAUUUCCAGAUACAGGGAACAGAGAAACCCAACCUUCUGUCUAACAAUGAUGACUGAACAAUGCAGAUUAAAGUUCCUACAUUAACCCUCAGAGGAAGGUGCAUAUAGCACACUCACAAAUAUUAGUCUAUAUAUUACUUUGGAGUUGAUCAUAAAAUUAAAGAUGUUUUAGAAAUAACUAUCUUUUAUAUACAAAAGUACCACUAUUAUUUCCAUUAUUGGGUACACGUUAGAAUCUGCAUGCUUUUCCUAGAAUACUCAAGCAUUUGGUGUUUUGCCCCAAUGCAGACUGACCCCUUUCUCUCUCAUGUUAUGGCUGACCCCAGACAAAACUUUUCAUUAAAGCACUUGUGAC